AUGGUGGGCCGCGGCGGGGCUGCGGGCGAGGCCGGGCCCGAGGGGAGGCCGCAGCCGGCGGGGCAGGCCCCGGCCGUGUCCCCCUUCCAGUGCCUGGUGCGGGCCCGGGGCCUGCGGGACCUGAGCGGCGAUGGAGGGGUGCACAAGGAGGAGCUGCGCCCUGGCACCGGGCAGGCUGUGCCCCCGGCCGCCUCCGUGGCAGUGAAGUACUCUGGGUACCUGGAACACUGGGAUGAGCCCUUCUGCACAAACUGCUACAGCAAGUCUCCUGGGCUGAUGAAACUUGGAAAAGACAUCACUGGGGGCCUGGAAAUUGGCCUGCUGACGAUGAAGAAGGGAGAGGUGGCAAGAUUUGUCUUCACGCCGGAUUAUGCCUAUGGGCGGCAGGGCUGUCCUCCUCUCAUUCCCCCGAAUGCCACAGUCAUGUUCGAAGUGGAGGUGCUGGACUUCCUAGACUCCGAUGAAUCUGACACAUUCUUUGAGUUGACUGCUGAGCAGCAGGAUGCGUUUCCGCUACAAAAGGUGUUGAAAGUGGCAGACACGGAGAGAGAAUUUGGCAACUACCUCUACCGUAAGCGGCACUUCGAGGGUGCCAAAGACAGAUACAAAAGGGCGUUCUCCAUCCUUGGUCGCAGCCCUUCCAGUGAGGCAGAGCAGUGUCAGAUCGAUGCUUCCAAGUUGCUGGUGCUCCUGAAUCUCUCACUUACUUACCUGAAACUGGAACGUCCUGCCCAGGCUUUGGCAUAUGGGGAGAAGGCCUUGGAGAUUGACCAAAGAAACGCCAAAGCGCUGUUCAGGUGUGGCCAGGCUUGUCUCUGCAUGACAGAAUACGAAAAAGCCCGGGAUUUCCUGGUCAGAGCUCAGCAUAUACAGCCAUUUAACCACGAUAUUAACAAUGAGCUGAAAAAGUUGGCAAGCUGCUACAAGGACUACAUGGAAAAGGAGAAAGAAAUGUGCUGCCGAAUGUUUGCCCCUCUCAACUCUUCUUCUGGCUGACCAGAAAUAAAGGACCUCGCCAGCUGACGAAAAGAGCGGUUCUUGGAGAGGAAGGAGACCUACCUCUGGGCACAC